GGCCACCGCACCAACACAGAAAAGGGCUCAGGCAGAAGUACAGUGAGUGUGAGCCCUGGAGCCCUGACUACUCCUGGCCUCCGGUCGCCCUCCUCUCCUCCGCCAGGGCCAGGGCUGGGGGCUCGCACUCACCUGGCCUGCUGCUGUCUCUUGCAGGUGUGAGGCAGGAUGAACUGGGCAGGCCUCUACGCAGUGCUGAGCGGUGUGAACCGCCACUCCACUGCCUUCGGGCGCAUCUGGCUCUCCGUCAUCUUCAUCUUCCGCAUCAUGGUGCUGGUGGUGGCUGCCGAGAGCGUCUGGGGGGACGAGAAAUCUGCCUUCACCUGCAACACGCAGCAGCCGGGCUGCAACAGUGUCUGCUACGACCACUUCUUCCCCAUCUCCCACGUGCGCCUGUGGGCCCUGCAGCUGAUCCUGGUCACCACGCCUGCCCUCUUGGUGGCCAUGCACGUGGCCUACCAGCAGCACCAGGAGAAGAAGCUGCUGGUGCUGACCGGGCACGGGGACAGCAAGCACCUGGAGGAGGUGAAGAAGCACAAGAUGCGCAUCUCGGGCUCCCUGUGGUGGACGUACAUCUGCAGCGUGCUGUUCCGGCUGCUCUUCGAGGCCAUCUUCAUGUACAUCUUCUACAUGAUCUACCCUGGCUACCAGAUGAUCCGGCUGGUCAAGUGCGACGCCUACCCCUGCCCCAACACCGUCGACUGCUUCAUUUCCCGGCCCACCGAGAAGACCAUCUUCACCGUCUUCAUGCUGGCCACCUCGGGAGUGUGCAUCAUCCUCAACAUGGCGGAGCUGGUGUACCUGGUGGUGCGGGCCUGUGCCCGCCGGGCGCAGCGGGACGCCAACCCCCCCUCGGGGAAGAGCUCCUUGUACGGCCACAAGCUGUCCACCGAGUACAAGCAGAACGAGAUCAACCAGCUGCUGACGGAGCAGGACGGCUCCCUCAAGGACAUGCUGCGCCGCAACCCGGGCCUGCAGGAGAAGAGCGACCGCUGCUCCGCCUGCUAGAGGCACA